AUGCUCUUGUUGGGUCUUGACUUUGGUGGUGUCACGCAUCCUUGGAACUCUGCCACCGUGAUAUGUCUGAUCGUCUUUGCUGGUGUACUUCUGGGUCUGUUCGUUGUCAACGAAUGGAAAAUGGUCAAGUAUCCCGUCAUUCCUCUAGUCCUAUUCAAUCAUCGCUCUGGUGUCGCUUCCUUCCUAGUCUGCUUUUGCCAUGGCUACAUCUUUAUGGGUGAAGCCUAUUAUCUCCCCCUCUACUUCCAGGCAGUCCUCGGCUCUAGCCCUAUCAUGUCCGGGGUGUACAUCCUUCCCUUUGUCUUAUCUAUCACCGUCUCAGCUGCAUCUACUGGACUAUUCAUCCAAAAGACAGGAGUCUAUGUUUCAGCGAUGUGGUUGGGACUAGUCACUAUGACGCUAGGGGUGGGUUUGCUGAUCAAUCUAGAGGUUACCGUCAACUGGGGUAAAAUCAUGGGUUUUCAGCUUAUUGCCGGCAUCGGCAUCGGUUUGAAUUUCGAGGGCCCAUUGUUGGCUCUCCAGGCAAUCGUGGGCGCGGAGAAUGCAGCAACCGCCACUGCCACCAUUGGAUUCAUACGGACCCUGUCCACCGCGAUCUCGGUGAUCAUCGGGACAGUCGUGUUUCAGAACCAGAUAGCAAGAAAAGGAUCUCAAUUAGUUUCCGCUCUCGGAGAACAACUAGCUAGUCAGGUUUCAGGAGGCGCAAUGGCUAAUAUCGAGAUCAUCGAUACACUCCCCCUGGAUCAGAAGCUUGUGGCACGACAGGCCAUUCACGAGUCUUUGCGAACGGUCUGGAUUAUGUAUGUUGCGUUUGCAGCAGUGGGUCUGAUAGCAGGGAUAUUUGUUGAGGGUCAUCAUCUUGACACGGAGCAUAAGGCACCAGUGCUCGGUUUGCGAGAUACCGAUGAACAUUGA